AUGAACAAAAGGUACUACGAAACGUGCACGAGACAAACUUUGGACCCAAACACUCGCAUGGAACAUUAUUGGUGUGCCAGUAAACUCGACACAUCAUUGACUGAGACGUAUGUGACCGGAUUGAAAGGCAAAUGUUCCGAUUAUUUAAUUCCUCAAGACGAGGGUUGCCAAGAUCACUUUCAUUUGGCUGGAAACAAAUGCGUUCGUAUCUCCACGUUUCUGGUCACAUUUGACGACGCGCACAAUGCUUGUCUAGAUGAAGGCGCCGAAUUACUUACCAUCGAGGAUGGGCAAAUCUCAAAAGAUCUGCAGAUUCUACUCCAAAAUAAACGACAAAAGUACCUCCAUUACUUCCAAACGAACGUCUUCUGGGUUGGAGCCGAGUACCAAAACGGAUGGAAAUGGAUCAACAGUCGAACCAAUCAACUCAAACCAUUUGGACCCUACACAAACUGGAAGACUAACAUGCCAGACCUAGGAUGUCCACCCACAAUGGGGUGUUCCAAUAUAAGUAGAAUAUAUGUUGAUGCCGAGUCCGGAUUUACGUGGAAGGCAGCCCAAAGAGAGGAGCUGAUUGGCUACAUUUGCCAAUCCAGGUGCACUCCACCUUAUAAAUGGAGCAAGAACUUAAACUCUUGUAUCUACGUGGCCAUCAGCAACAAAACCAUUCCCGAAGCCAUAGUGGAUUGUGCCAAAACCAAUGCUACUUUAUACGCUUUCCGCAAUUGUGCAGAAUUGGAAUUGCUACGUUUGGAUAUGUUGGAUGCAGGCGUUCCCAGAAAUGCAAAUUAUGCAAUAGGGAUGUUUCGCGGUCUCCAAAAUUCGUGGAAUUCAAGGAACCCUACGAAAGCAAAGUUUCAAAACAGCUUGGGAUAUUCUCUGGAGGGAGUGGAUUUCAGUAAAGACCAAGGACUGUGCUUAGCCCGGGAUGACUAUGUCAAAUUACACUUGAGGGUCCCUGUCGCGUUUGGUUUGCAUUUGAAUGAAGCCAAACUAUCCACUUACAACGAGAACCUGAAUGAUCCCAACACACGUCUCCAGAAACACCAUUACGUGUGCCAAAUGGACGACAAUUUUGCUUGCCCAAAGGACUACCAUAAAUACAGCGACACUUGUUUGAAAAUCGUUCAUGAUGCUGAAUUGGACAUGAUGGAGGCUAAAAUGGCGUGUCGAGAAGAAAAGGGAAUGAUUUUGGCUAUUACUGCUAAUUCUCUGGACGUUCAAGUGAUCACUGAAUUUAUCAAGCAAAACCAAUCUCAUGAAAACACAAGUCAAUACUGGAUGAAGGCACAGUUUGAACCUAGCUCUCGACCGACUUACUCUUCAUUUUUUGAUCCCCUCAUUCGCUGCAAUUGUUCGGAGUCCACGGUUGAUUUCUAUAAACAUGACGACCAAUGCUACUACAAAGAAUGGACGCCCAUGGGAUUUGCAGAGGCCAAUUCCUCUUGCGCCAACCAUAGCGGGUCUUUGGCCACUGGUCUUGACCAAAGUUCUUUACAAAUGAUCUUCCGAUAUGAAGAGUUGAACAAAAAUAAAAGUGGAAUGUGGGUUGGAGUCAAUCGCCAGUUCGACAAAUGCGUUGCAGGUUCUGCUGAUUGCCCAUAUCACUGGACAGAUCUGUUCAAUACCCCAAUCAAUUCGAGCCGACUCAGAAUAUCGAGAAAUCUAAAACACUUGCCGUGUCUUCGGAUAAUGGGACAAGGUUUGUUGGAAACAGACUGUAGCGCCCAGUAUGAAUCCUUGUGUGUCAGAAACGACCCGUGUCCACCAGAUGUAUAUCCCGGGAGAACGAAUUGUACCCUACUUGAGCUUUAUGGGCCAAACCAUCGAAUAUUGAAAAGCCAAUGUUCAAAGAAGGCAGGGUUUGUUUGUCAAAGAAAUCAAGCACAAUCUGAUUUCUCGAGAGAAAAGGCUAUAGGAAAACAGCUAGUCUUGACUUUGACGAAAGAGGUGGGUCUUCAAGAUCAAUCUGGAAAAGAUGUGGUUGUAACUGGUACGAAUAUUGGAUUUUCCACUCGCUGGAUAAGAUCCUUUCAAAUGGGGUCCGCUUUGUUCGGUGGAAAGAGUUAUCUAGAUUUAGCCAAAGGAUUGGAGGGUGGAAAGGGAUUUUCCAUCUUUUUCACCAUCGAACUUUGGGAGCUAACACAUCUUGCCACCAUCAUGGACUUUCGGGAUCCCAACAACGAGACCAACGGGUUGCUGAUUGAGCUGCGGAAUGGUGCGCCAGUUUUCAUCCUUCGCAAUAAUCAAGGCCCUCAAGAGUUCCAAACAAUUGAUUCGUCCAGAAUGACCGAACCGAACAAAUUUGCCUCUUAUGGAAUCACAUAUGAUUCAGUGACUAAACGUGGAACCAUUUAUAGAGAUCAAACCUAUGGCUUUCAAAAUGGCUCGACCGAGCUUAGCGGUAAUUACUUCCAUUUGGAUGCCGAGGAUUGGUUCGUCACCGCCCUUCGUCAUCCGGGAAGAUUGGGAUCGAGUCGGAUCGAUCCGUCUUCACAAGGACUUCAAGGUGGUUUAAGUUGCGUACAGAUCUACAACACGGCCUUGAGUCCCGGUCAAGUUUUGGAAAUGGAUCAUUGUGCUGAGAAGCAUGAAAAAUGCUAUCCUGGGCAAAUCCAUUGGGACGAUAAGUGCUUCAAAAUGUCUCACAGAAAGGCUUCAUUCGCUCAAGCUGAGGUGAAAUGCAAUGCAAAGGGUGAAACUGGAUACAAAUCGCAACUCAUUCACUCGAUGGAACCUGAUUUGUUGGAUUACUUGUCCCGAAUCUUGAAGGAGAACACGGGAGAGAGCUCUUUUUGGGUCGGAUUAGACUCUCGAGCUGGAUUUGGAUAUUAUGAAUCGGCUGAUGGCAUCUCUAUUUAUAAUUCAUCUGGAAGCUUGUGGACUGAAUCAAGUUCAACCUUUGGAAAUUGCGCCAAGGUUCCGGAGUCAAAUGGAGGACGCCUAGAUACGGAUGAUUGUGAGGCGGAUUACUAUUACUUUUGUCAACAAACGGGCCGACAUUUGGUGCCAGAUGAUCCAUGUCCCGAGGGAUUUACGUUUUAUCGUGGAUCCUGUUUGUUGCCUUCUCGGGAAACGAUGACUUUUGAAAAUGCUCAAGAAUAUUGUGGAAUUAGAGGGGCCACAGUUUAUGCCGCCAAAACGAAGGCACAAUUGGAAUUUGCCAGGGAAUAUGCAAAAAUGAAUAUUAAAAGAGACAUUUGGAUGGGAGUGCAAAUAGGCUUGAAGCAACACUUUGUUGAUGAGGACAUGUACAUUCCUUUGCGAGUAAUGGAAAGUGACGACAAAUUCUACGCGGACGGAAUGGUUUUUGAUGAAACCAUCGACUUCAACUUCAAUAUAGUCUCUUCAUCGGGCCAUUGGAAUGGUCCCUGUGUUUUUUUGAGAGCAUCCUACGGAUAUAAGGCCCGUAAUACCAAGUGCACGCAAGAAUUUGGAUUCCUUUGCGAAUGGAGAGAACCCCAAUGUCCUGAGGAUUACACCUUGGCGCCAGAGCUGGGACCAAGAAGUUGUUACAAAACUUUAAGCCAUCCGGGGCCUUAUGGAUCAGAUUCAUGCCAUGAUUCAGCCGACAACCUGAGGAAACUGGCUUGGCCAAGGUCGACAAAGGCUUUGGAAGCGUUCAGAAGCAGAACCCGAAUAACCAGCGGUUCAAUUUGGUUGGGAGCAGAGUUAUCAGAUAACCAAACGUGGAUGGAUGGUCGAGGAGGGAUCCUGGAGGUGCCUGGAGCGUUGCAGGACUUACGAGAAGAUGGAAUUUGGUAUCAUGAUCCACCUUCAAACCAAACCGCGGGAUGCUUGAAAAUGGACGCCAAUGGCUUGCUUCAAACUCUGUUUGGCAGGGCUUGUCAAAAUGAGAGCCAUCUAUAUGCUUGUGAAUAUAAAGCCUGCUACACCACUCAGGGCAAACAAUGCAUCUUUCCAUUCUCAUACCAAAAUGUGUCUGCCUCAGGAGAAGUUACUGACCUGGAAUAUACAAAAUGUUCCACUUUGGACGUGUUUCUGCCUUGGUGUGCCACAGAAGUGGACGACGCAAAAAAUGUUUUAGAUUGGGGAUUUUGCGUCCCGGAUUGUCCGUCCGAGGUUGUUGAGGUUGCGUGUUUAAGCGAGCCCGAUUUCCCAGUCUUUGUCACGCCUUGGGAUGCAUCGGAUUUGGUUAAUUUCACUACAAGUUACGACCAAGGAUCUGCCUUAGUUACGAAAGAGUUGGAUUUCGUCUCUUUUCAAUGCCCGGAAGGUUACGUUUUUGAGGGGUCCAAUAACAUCACCCACUAUGCCAUGUGUCACAAUUGGGAAUAUCUGUAUCUUUUUGAUAGGACUGCACGGUGUGAACGAGUGGCAUGUCCAUGUCCGCCCAAGUUUUCCAAAGAUUCCGUUGUUUCAGGAACCACAGAUUGGAAUACAAAAUUCUGGACUUGCCUCGAGAAUGAAACGUUUCCCCAAGACACUCAUAUUACCUACACAUGUCCUGAAGGCUAUGUCUUCGAAACCCCCCAGUUACUGGCCUUUGGACAAGAGAACAGUGAACUUUUUGUAAAAUGCGAAACAUAUGCGGAUUGGAAUGUCACCCGCAAACCCAAAUGCGUUCCUAUCAAUUGCACGGACGACCCACCAUCUGUGCCAAGAAAUGACAAAGGAAACUACACAUGGGAUUCCGUCACUAAAACAUACCUUCACCAGAUAACUUACAAUUGCCCAUCUUUAUUCUGGGGAUAUCCUAGCACGGGAGAGAAUUCAACCACCAUUCAUUGCAUGGCAAACAAGCAUUGGAACCGUUCAGCCAUUGAAGACUGUAAAAAGCUUCCUUGCCCACGAGCGCCACCCAAGGCUCCAGAGGGUGGUUGGCUGUGGUUUGGCAUGGAUCAGACCAAGUACCAAUGUCCCAACGGUUACGAGUUCCAAGGUGGAUCGGGACCUUAUAUGGUUACGGAAUGUGCGGCUAAUAGAAAGUGGCGUCCAUCCGUGACCAGGAAAUGUGUCCCACGAAGUUGCCAUCAUCCACCGCCGUUGCAUUUCAUGAAUAUGGAAAUGAUAUGGCCGGCCCAGAACUCUCAAUUAGGUGUUCAGGUCACAUAUGAGUGUCCCUACAAAAAAUUAUCGACUAAUUAUCAAUCUGUCCAAACUUCCACGUGCAUUUGGUCGAAUGAUGAUGAUAACAUGAUAUGGUUUCCAAAUGAGAUCGAAGAAUGUUUGCAAACCUCAAGUAGCCAAAUAAACAACCUACGAUUAAAGUGUCAUAACUGGCCCUUAUUGCCUGGGCAGUGGGUCGACCUAUGUUUUGAGAGCUCUGUUGGUUUAUUUCCCAUCGACCUGGAUCUGGCUUGAAAUUUCACCAAAUGACAUGGCUGUGAAGAAAUACGCUCAAAGCUUUCAAAUAAUAAUAAUGACCUUGGAUCGGAUCAUUUUGGAGUACUAGUUAUUUUUCAUGUGCCAAUAAAUACAUUU